GAACACCCUUGUCAAGAAGACGGUGGACAAAGCUGGCAAAAAGAGAGUCGUGGGUAUCAAAAAAGCUUUGGAGCAAUCAGCGGUGUAUCCUCGGGACUUUGCUUGGGCCAUUGCUGGCCUGUUACCAGUGACUGGGAAGCGGCCGUCGAAUGACGAAAUCGAUGUUUCAUAUCAAGGAACUGGUUCAGAUUUAGGUGCCCUGGAUGAUUUGCUGAAAGGGCCUCGUAAAACUUGGUGGAGGCUAAUUCAAUAG